AGGCGGCACAGCCGCAGUGGUGCACGGUCUUGCCGUUUCUGGUGACAUCGUACAGGAUGUAGCUCAGGUCUCCGACCGUUCCGGUCAGAACAUAUUCCAGUGCAGAGUAUAAAAGUUAUACUGCUGAUAGCACGGCCACCGACAAACCUGCCUUUCAUAGCCAGUCUUCCAGUUGCACCCGCCUUCUCCUAAUAACCCUAGACCGGCAUGACCAUCCGAACGAAGAUGGCCCGCAAUAUUAAUGCUAAAGGCUCCGUUCGCUUCGAGACAGUCUAUGACCUGAUCCACACCGUCGAGCGGAACGAGUUCAACCGACUCACUCCGGUCGUCUCCACAAAGCGCAAACGACAGCGCGCAGAGGAUCUAUUCAGGGAUGCGUGCGUCGUAGAGGAUCUAUUCAGGGAUGCGUGCGUCGUACAUGGGAUGAUAGAGGGGCGCAUGACCAUUGGGGAGAAGCAAAUUUGGGAGGCGAUGCGACUACGGGCUGGUAAUGCGCGGAACGAUAGCUCAGCUCGCUACUUGGAAGCUGCUAGGAGCCUGUGGCGGGUUGCGGUUAGCGCGGUAGACCACGUAUAUGACCGCCAACGUUUUGACCAGUACAAUAAUCAUCUACCUCAGACCUGGCAGCAAGCUCGAGCUCCUUGGGCACCUCAGCUCCCUCGGGCGCCCCAGCCACCUCAAGUACCUCAGCCCCCUCGAGUACCUCAGCCCCCUCGAGUUCCUCUGGUCCCUCUGGUCCCUCGGGUCCCUCAGGUCCCUCGAGCUCAGCCCGCCCAGCGCGGUGCCCGGCCCAGACGGAUGCCGAAGGGCUACACUGCACCGCAACAGGUGUGGUAUCCGCCUGCGCCCUUACCGACGCACGACCCCAGGUUCGCGCCCGCGGCGUUCCCGCCGACGUGGAUGCCACACUUCAUGCCGGCUCCGACGCCGGUAUGGUUCCCCGUCCCGCUCGCGCCCCGUUGUAAGUGUCGUUCCGAGACUCUGUUCGAGAGGUGUGCUGCUUUGGCUGACGGCGUGUUGCAGAUUGACUCCGGAUUAGAUGUCGAACGGCCACGACAGCGCGCAUCUACGAGGGCCUGAGAUGAUCGAGCGUCGACGCCCGCGCAUGCUCAGUGGUGUACUGCACCCGUGACGGAUGACUACGAAUCUGUCUAGUAUCGAG